GCAUUGCCAGUCUGUACCUGACUGUUCUCUGCUUACUGCUCAGUUUGGGCUUUGAACAGAUCACCUCACUCUCUCUUUCACUCUGUCCAUCUCGUCCACCUUUUCUCCUCGCAGCCAUGAGGAUCCCUGUGGUCGCUGUUGUCAUGGUGAUUGUGUCUGGGAUGAUGGUGCAGGCGGACGUCCAGCCGCAGAGAGAUUUCAGCCUGCAGAGGUUUGCAGGGAAGUGGUACCGUGUGGGCCUGGCCUAUGAUUCUCCAGGCUUUGCCCCCUAUAGAGACAAGCUGAGGAUCUCCAUGGGCAUGAUCACACCGCUGCCAAAUGGCAACGUUAACCUCACCAUGUGGGCUGCCCGACCAUCCGGCUGUCAAAACAAACUGUACCAAUAUGAGAAGACCAGCGUACCCGGCCAGUUCACUUACUUCAGCACACGCCAUAACAGGAGCAAGGACAUCACAGUGGUGGAGACAAACUACACUGAAUAUGCUUUGGUCCUCAAACACAAGAAGUUUGACAGGGAGUACACACAGGUGUCUCUCUAUGGGCGCACUCAGACGCUCAGACCACAGAUAAUUCAGAAGUUUAAAACCUUUGCCACAUCCCGCGGGUUUCCCAAAGAAUCUAUCAUGACACCGCCUCCCUCAGAAAACUGCCCACCUGCAGCAUCUGGGCGCUAGAUUCCCUGAUGUCCCCGUACAGGAUUUUGGCACCAGGUUCUGCUGUGCUGCUGCAGAUCUGAGCACUUCAUCCCACUAUUUUCAAGUCUCACUAUGACGUCCUAUACACUGUACACACUCAGACAACAUUUAAUCAGCCUGUGCUUGUGUCUUCUGCUUAGUGUGGAUAAAGAACAGCGAUUUAAACAUUGCUGAUCAAACUGAUACUUUAAUUCUCUUUAACUGAGAGUGUUUUCUCAUUUUCAUUGUUGUACUACAUCUUGGUGCUGGCAUAGUGGAAUAAAAAGUGUUGGGUUAAAGACA